GUAUAGAGCAGAUUUCCGCGAAUUCUAUUGCACACCGGAUUAGCGAGGGUGAAAGUCAUGAGAACGUAAGGCGGUCAUCGAGGAGACAAGGAUCACAAAGUCUGCUACAAAUACUGCAGCUCCACGUCCCCGGCCUUCUUUGUCAUGGUCUCUGUUUUAUCCUUCGAGUUCAAAAGUUCCGCAUCUGCCAACAUCUCCGACCUCUCAGACUCCACCAUCCCAGCCAAUCAUCAAAGAACAUGAACCUCACCUUCCUCCUUGCCGCUCUGCUCACCACAUUCCCCGCCGGACUGCGCGCCGAGCAGAUCUUCACCAACCGCGGCACGCUCUCCGGCCUGAAAACGCAAACCGAGCACAACGGCGAGCUAAAAGAAGACAGCUCCACCUUCUUCGACCAACCCCCCUCCCUGGUGAUGACUCAGACCUUCGAUCCGUCCUACACAGGGCGGUACCACUCCGAGGUGCACAUCGCCAACGGCUACCGGCACGGCGACAGGCGCUUCUACGGCUUCGCCUUCCGCCUGGCGCCGGACUGGCAGUUCGACCCGCCGCAGAGCUACAACCUGGCCCAGUUCAUCGCCCCUUUCCCCGACGACGACAGCCGCAAGUGCGACGCCUUCAUGCCGAGCACCAUGGUCUGGGCCGAGGGCCGGCGGCUGUUCACGCGGCUCAAGUCGGGCAGCGUGUGCGACCAGACGACGACCGAGUUGCCGCUGGACGGCGUGGCGCCCCUCAGCGCGGGGGAGUGGCACACCGUGGUUCUUGGCGCGUCGUGGACCAGCGAGGCGACGAAUGGGUCCCUGCAGGUCUGGGUCGAUGGGAAGCAGGUGCUGGAUCAGCGCGGGGUGGCAACGACCGUGGCGGAGGAUGUGCCCUUCCAGUUCCGCGUGGGCCUGUACGCGAAUGGAUGGCAUGAUGAUAAGGGGAUGAAGGGCAGUCAGGGGGUUCGGCGGGUGUUUUAUGACAAGGUUGCUAUCGCCACUACGAAGGACGAGGCGGAUCCGGAGAAAUGGUGAGGGCGGGGUUCUAAUAGUCCCCAGGAGGAUGUUGGGGUUUUGAGCAGCGUGAGAACUUGUUUUUGAAGAUGGUAUUAGUAGUAUUGGCAUUACGGGAUGGUGAUGCUGGAGUAUCUGUCGAUGUCGAGUGUGUCUCAAGACCCUUCCCAGCACACUGAGGAUCGCCGGCAACUUGAAGUCACUCGGGGCCACAGGCUACAACUAACAAGCAACCUAUCAAGAUGUUGGAUAUCUCUCUCCUUGAUCACACUACCCAAGGAUUAGUUAGCGCAAUCUUAUACCAUUCCAAUGGACCCCGUGAG